GUUAGGUUGUGCAGCAGAUUAGACCAGGUCUGGGGAGAUGCAACAGCAGAUAUCAAGGAUGAUCUCCCAGGUGUCCCUGUUGAGGGCGCUAUGCUACCUGCUGUUAAUGACAGGUUUGCUAGAAGCAACAUCUCUGACGAAAGUAAAGAAUCCUGGAGGGAGUCAAAUCAGCAUUGACUCUGCUCAGGCACACGAUUUCUUGACCAACUCUCGACCUAAGAGGAACACUGACCCGAAGUGGUACCGGGGAAGUCCUGAUUUUCAGUCCUACUACCGCUUCUACAACAGCAUUGGACACAUUGAAGGAAUCUAUGAGAUUGACAGGAUCAGGAUGUUGUAUCAGCAGAUGCGUCACUUGGAGCUGACCUAUGGCCCAGAUGCUUCCAGUUACCAAAAUGUCAUGGGUGUGCUGACCACCACCGCAGCACCAACUACAACCACUCAGCCGCCUCCACCUCCCACCACCCCUGCUCCUACACCAGACCCUCUGGAGAAUGCUCAGAGGAUCUAUCUGUGUCAUCCCAAAGAUCCACUGUGCAAACCUCAGAUAGUCUACUUGCCAACAGGGGCUGUUCCAGUACUGUGUGAUCCACGACACAACCCCUCCUGCAGGCCCAAAACAGAGGAGGAGAUAAAAGCUGCUGCUCCUGCCCCACCACCCCCAGCCCCUCCAGCUCCCAAAAAGUCUGUCCAGCCUCCCCCUCCUGCUAUCACUAUUAAAGGUAUGGAGUAUGACUGUGACCCAUACUGGGACCCUGACUGCCUCAUUGAUCACCCUCCACGCCCUAUCCAAGAAACAGCUGCACCAGAGGCGCCUGCUGAAGAGAAAGUGGUGAAAGAGGAGGUAGUAAAAGCAGAGGAAAGCAUCCCUGCAGCUCCAGCCACCCAGAAACCCCUCCAUCCCUAUUUUGACCCUUAUGAUUUCAAACGUGACCUCUAUGAUCCCUUUCGUUAUGCCAAUCCAGCUCCCGAACAGUAAGUGCUUAAGAAAUGAGAGCCUUCUGUGCAGAGUAGGACUAUGAAAUUGCAUCAAAAACCAAGGCAGGACUGUGAGCAGCCACAUAUUAAAAAUGAAACAGGAAAAAUCAAAUUAAGCGAAUCAUCAUAUGUUUUACAUGGCAGAUAAAAAAAACCAUGGUUUCAUGGUCUUUGUUUUCCCACAUAACAAACCUUGCUUUGCUGUUCAUUUGCCCAGGUGUUCAUAAAAAUGCACAAUAAACUUUUGUAUGGGAUAAAAAUUAAUAAAAAUUGAUUA